GAGACUUUAUUGUCUGUGGUAAUUAAUUGAUGACAUUUUUUUUGUGUUUUCUGAGUGAGUGUUCGGUGCAUUGGCUAUUUUCAAGACUUAUUUUUCACAUAAAAAUAUUGGUAAUAAGAAAUGUGACCAAAGAAAAUGGACUCACGGUGGCAGAUAUGGCGUGUCGAGGGUUUCCUGUUGAAAGAAGACACAAAGAUUUGAGACAUGCCUAAACAUAAAAUAGAAUAAAAUGGAGUUCAAUUAUGUCACUCCGACUACUGCGAUGAUAGGAACGAAUGAAACGACCGUAGAAUAUGAAGACGCUGACGACCCGGAUGCAGUCACUCUCCUAUCGAUACUACUAGUCGGUAUAUUUCUAUCUCUCCUCAUAUUUGUGAGUGCGGCGGGUAAUAUUCUUGUCUGCAUCGCGAUAUACACCGAUCGGGGUUUGAGAAGAAUUGGGAACUUAUUUCUUGCCUCGCUGGCAAUCGCUGAUAUGUUGGUGGCCGCUGCUGUUAUGACAUUCGCCGGUGUUAACGACUUGCUUGGGUACUGGGUAUUUGGCGAACAAUUCUGUGAUACGUGGGUGGCGUGUGACGUCAUGUGCUCCACUGCGUCCAUACUUAACCUCUGCGCCAUAUCACUUGAUAGAUAUAUUCAUAUAAAGGACCCUCUGAGAUACGGCCGUUGGGUAACGCGUAAAGUGGCAAUCAUCACCAUAAUUCUAAUAUGGUUGCUAGCCGUGAUGGUCAGUUUUCUACCCAUAUCCUUGGGAUUGCAUAGACCGCCCGAUGAGACUGUGACGACAACUGAGAGCCCCCCGCAAUACCCCACGUGUGCCCUGGUUUUAACACCCACUUAUGCUGUGGUGUCAAGCUGUAUAUCUUUUAUCCUGCCGUGCAUCGUGAUGAUCAGUAUAUACUGCAGAUUAUACUGCUACGCCCAAAAGCACGUGAAAUCAAUCCGAGCGGUUACUCGGACGGUCCAGCUACCGGAUAACCGGACAAAGUCCGUCCGCACCCGGGUACAUACACACGUACAUUCUUCCCCAUAUCACGUGUCUGAUCAUAAGGCAGCCAUCACUGUUGGUAUCAUUAUGGGAGUGUUUCUACUCUGCUGGGUCCCCUUCUUCUGUGUUAAUAUCGUUGCUGCGUUCUGCAAGACAUGCAUACCAGAUCUUGCUUUUAAAAUCCUAACGUGGCUCGGUUACUCCAACUCAGCAUUCAACCCAAUCAUCUACUCAAUAUUCAACACAGAAUUCCGGGAGGCCUUUAAAAAGAUCCUAACCUCAAGAUAUCCGCCAUGUUGUGGCUAUCAAACGGUUCGCGCCAACACACCAACGAGAAAUGACAACUUCGUCACAGACUAUGGAACUAAGACACUCGUCGUAAGACGCAGUGGUUCUCUAGGACUUUCUGGGGUUGACCCAACACCUAGAUCUUCUGCGGAGUCAGUCAAGCCCCUACGAGAAUACCACAUUUGACAAGAAGAUGGGAGUAGUAAUAAUGGGCUACUCGAUAAAAGUGAUGUAGUAUAAUUUCACAGAUAACGAAAAACCGGUUACUGACCGUACCGUAAAUUUUUAAUCUAAUCUAUCUUCUAAAUAGCAAAGUAUGGAUAAUGCUAAGAGAAGGUAUUAUAAAGUAUCUGUAUAUAGUUGAAUACUAGCUUCUAUUAAAUCAAAUAAAUUGUGUUUAUAUUGUGUGUGAGAUGUUUGUUACUAUAUUAAAUUUUUAUCUACCAUUACCUACCAAAGACUAUUAAGUAUACUUUAAAUAUCCCUAUUCAUUAUUAUUAGUAUUUAAAAUUUCCUGUGAUACUUUUGUAAAUAAAUUUUAGUCUUUGUAAAUUGUAUUAAUAUCAUUUAAUUUAUAAUAUAUUAUUUAAUUUACUACAUUGUGCAUAACCUACGUUAAAAGUUUGUUGGUCGCGUCUUCCCGCUUAAAAUCUGAUCUGUUAGUAAAUACAUUAUAACAUAAACAUUUCAACGGACUAUAUUUUAUCAAACUUAUUAUCUUACUUAUUAUUACUUAAAAUCGAAUUCAAUUCCAUAUCCGUGUUUGUAAUGAAAUAAUAUAUUCAUAAUUAUUUAAUCGACAGAUAACUAGACUGUACUAUUUAAGACUGUCCCAUAGAUGUCACAUAUAUUGUCAAUUCCACAGAUUACAACAACAACCUUUGAAUUGUCAUAGAACACAUUGUUUACAGUUUAUUACAAAUGAGUUUGUAUAUCGCCCAAGCAUUGUGUACUAAACCAUUAUUAACCAACUAGUAAAUGGUGUUUUGAAUAUUUAAUGUUGUGAUAACAGAACUAAUUGAUACAAAUUAACCUAAAUUUGACUUCAGUACGUAUUAAUGACGAUUAUUUAUGGAGCCUUCGGACUCCAGGGAAUUACAUGAGCAAUCACAUUAUCCUCUAUCUGUCAACAUUCAAGAGACAUUUUAAUGAUAUGCUAUUUUAAACGGGUUAUUCGGCGUUUGAACACACUUGUUAUAUUAAUUAUUGAAUAUAAUUUUUUAAGGUGGCCGCACACUGUCAAAUAUUUUAAUUUUCCUAAAAACAAAAUAGUGUACGAACCCUUGUAAUGGAGUUGGUUAGAAAAUAUAUUUAUAACUAUUUUACAAUCUUGAAAAGCUGUCAACUGCUCAAAUUUUUUUUUUUAUAAAGAAAUUUGUUGAGAUUUCAUACCUACUACAUACGAUUUCGAUUAAUUUUGUGUUAGAAUUUGAUUUGUGAUAUAGAAACUAUUCUUAUAAAUAUCAGCUGCUGGCAGCGCCUAGUGAAUUAUAAUUAGCUUAUACCGAGAUUAUCGAGUCUCAUUAAAAAUAAUAAUUUUAUUAUAAGAAUAAGCUCUCUAUGUAAGUUUAAUUAAGAGCACGAGUUUUAACUCUUAAUAUAUAUAAAACCCUGUAUAGACGCUGACUCACUAAUUGAUUAUCAUAUAAUAGAUAAUUUGGACAAAUUAGACUGCGUCUUUAAAAAAGUAUGCAGUUAAAAAUAACCAUUAAAUGAUAAAUUAUUAUUAUUUGCGUUUAUAAAAUUUAUUUAAAAAUUACCAGAAAAAUCGUCCAAAAAUACAACUUUUUGGACGAUUAGCUGUUGAGAAUGACUAAAUACUUAAACAGACAGAAUUAUUCUUAGUAUACAUAUACCACUUAUCCCGAACCAUGCUCGGACCUUUUGGCGAUAUAAUUGUUCUUCUAGCUUGCUUGUUUCAGGUUUUAAAAUGUACAGCAAUAUUCGUUAACAACGUUAAUAUCGUCGAAAGUAUCUCUAAGUAAAUAUCCUGUUCUAUUUCACACCCGAUAACGUUAACACUCAUGCUAGGUAAUAAGAACUAAAAAUGUAUUAGGUAUACUUUAGCAUAAUAAGUGCAAUAUUAAUCAUAUAAUUAAUUAUUUAUAGAUAUAAUAAAGGGGGAAAAGCGCUAAGAAUAUUAUAAUUUGUGUAUAAAAUGUACUAUACUUAUUUUAAGAACAAAUUAAUGUAAUCGUUUUUUCUGUUAUUAAUUGUAUCGUUGACAUAAUAUCUAUUAACGUGUAAAUGACGAUGAAUUUGCUUUCCAAUUACGAAAUUUAUAUUGUGUUCGCCUGUCAGAUGUCACGAUGUCAUUGUCAAAUCGUUUAUGUAUUCGAGAAAGUUGAUAUUAAUAUAGAUCAUACGUACCUUACUUCAUAUGCCUCAGAAAGAAAUAAAAUUCCCAUACAAAUUUGGCGUUAAGUGGGUCACAAAGUACUUUUAUUAUUAGGCCGUCACUUCGAAUUUUGUUGAAGCAUUAAUAGGUAAUAUUAAGUACCAAUGCGCCUAAAAUAUUAUGUAACAGGCGCAGAAUAGUAUAUCUGCAAAUUUACGAUCGUUCCAUUUUAAACUCAAUAUUCGCUUAGUGUUUAAAACAUUUUUAAAACACGUGU